AUGGCACUUGGUUAUAAGAAUGAUUACCACUCACAAGUUGACCACUUGGUUGCUGGUUCAGAUACAGAUUCAAACCAUGGAUCAAAUGGUCAUUUGAAACUUGAUGGUGAAGUUGAUUUCAGAGACGAGGAUGAACCAUACAUUGAUAUAACAGUUCAUCUAACUCCAGAAGAACUAAAGCGUCGUUCAAAAUGGUGGUAUAAGGCUAGUGUUUUCUUAUGGGACUCUGCUGAUAAGCAUCCUAAAGAAAGAAGCUUUUUGUUCAAACUAGAUUUCUUUUUAAUGUCCUCUGCAAUGUUGGGAUAUUUCAUCAAGACUUUAAACCAAUCAAACAUUUCAACUGCUUAUGUGAAUGGUAUGAAGGAACAUUAUCACAUGAAAGGGAAUGACUAUAACUUGAUGAAUACACUAUGGACAAUCGGUUAUAUAAUUGGUCAGAUUCCAUCAAAUUUAAUCCUUCAUAGAAUUUCUGCUCGUUAUUAUUUGGCAGGUUUAGAAAUCUGUUGGGCAUUCUUAACUAUCUUGAUGAUUUUACCAAAGUCAAUGAGUGGAUUAUAUGCUAUCAGAUUCUUAAUUGGUUUAACUGAAGCUGGGUACUUUCCUGGUUUAGAAUACUUGAUUGGCUCUUGGUAUUCUUCAAAAGAAUUGAACAAAAGAUCAACAUUGUUCAAUUGUGCAGGUACUGCUGCAGGUCUUGUUUCUGGUCCUUUACAGCAAAGAAUCUUACAUGCUUCAUUCACCGAAGGAUCUAGAUGGAAACCAUUCCAGUGGAUGUUCAUAUUUGAUGCUGUUAUAUCAGCUCCUAUCGGAUUUUAUACCUUGUUUGCUGAUCCAAACACACCAUCAACUACAAACGCUUGGUAUUUCAGUAAAGAUGAUAAGCUUGUUGCCUUAGAGAGAAGAAGAAGAAUUGGAGCGCAAUUAAACACCAGAGAACCUUAUACUUUCAAGAAAGUCAAAUCUUUCUUCAACACAUGGCAUAUUUGGGUGUUUCCAUGGUUAUUCUUUUGUUUCCGUUUAAUUAAUGUUGCCUAUAGCUCUAAUGGGUUCCAACUUUGGAUGAAGAUGGAUCUAAAAUUAACGCCUUACCAAUAUAAUAUUUAUCCAACAGGUAUAAAUGGUGGUGGUAUUGGAUUUGCAAUUAUUUGUGCUUAUCUUAAUGAUUAUUUUAAAAACAAUUUGACUCAGUGGUUCUUGUUCUUUAUGUUUAUAUCUGGUAUCGUUUCCUAUGCUCCUUUGGCCGUUUGGGAUAUUAAUGUUGGAUUCAAAUGGUUUUGUUUCUUUUUCUACAAUAUUGUUUCUUCAUGUGGACAAAGUAUGAUUUUCAGUUGGGUUAAUAAAAACAUGGCUUAUGAUGAUAUGAAAAGAAACUUUUUGGUUGUUACUACUAACUUAGUGAGUUAUAUCUUUACUGCUUGGAUUUCAUUAGUUGUUUUCAAUCAAGAUGAUGCACCAAAAUUCCGUAAAGGUUAUAUUUUUGAAAGUUGUAUUUCAGUUUUAGGUUUAAUCUUGACUGCAACUUCAUGGAUUCUUAUCAAGAGAGAUGAUGAAAAGUAUUUAAAAGAGCAUGGAAGACCUAGGGAUAUCCAUGAAGGUGAAGCUGAACUCAUCAUCGAAGAAGGAAAUAGUUUGGAGCAAGGCACUACAGUCUCGAAACGUAAAUAG